CUGGAGCCGCCGCGGCGGCAAGAAGAUGGAUGCGCCGCGCUCAUCCCUCGCCGCUCGGCAUCUUUUCCUGGCGGCACGGGCUUCCAAAGCAGCUGAGUCCAGGACCUUAAGGAAUGUCACACAGUAGUUGCUGAACUAACUGGAACUGAAAGGAACAGAAAAAGAUGGCAGUCCAGAUUUGAAAUAAACGCGUGGACUCUCACUGAUAAGAAACCAUGUCAAAAAAAGGACGGAGCAAGGGCGAAAAGCCUGAGGCACUGAUUGUUGCCCUACAGGCUGCCAAUGAGGAACUCAGGACUAAGCUAACAGACAUUCAAAUUGAGCUGCAUCAGGAGAAAUCUAAGGUUGCUAAACUCGAAAGAGAGAAGACUCAAGAAACGAAGCGUAUCCGCGAAGUGGAGCAACGCAAGCAGACUGUGCAGAUCACAGAGCUAAAAGCCAAACUCCAUGAGGAGAAAAUGAAGGAGCUGCAGGCUGUGAGGGAGAACCUCAUCAAACAGCACGAGCAGGAGAUGACGAGGAUGGUGAAAGUCCGAGACAGUGAAAUCCAGCGCCUCAAGUCAGCACUGUGCGCACUGCGGGAUGGGAGCAGUGAUAAAGUACGGACAGCGCUGACUAUUGAGGCUCGUGAGGAGGCCAGAAAACAGUUUGACUCUGAGCGCCUUAAGCUUCUGCAGGAAAUUACUGAACUGAAGUCUGCCAAAAAGCAGGUAGAUGAGGCCCUUAACAAUAUGAUCCAGGCCGAUAAGAUCAAGGCAGGCGAUCUUCGGAGUGAGCAUCAAUCCCACCAGGAAGCCAUUUCCAAGAUCAAAUGGGAGAGUGAAAGGGAUAUUCGACGCCUGAUGGAUGAGAUCAAGGCUAAAGACAGGAUCAUAUUUUCAUUGGAAAAAGAACUGGAGACACAGACAGGCUAUGUGCAGAAGCUGCAGCUGCAAAAGGAAGCCCUGGAUGAACAACUCUUUUUGGUGAAGGAGGCAGAAUGUAACAUGAGCAGUCCCAAGAGAGAGAUCCCAGGAAGGGCUGGAGAUGGUUCGGAGCACUGCAGCAGCCCUGACUUGCGCAGAAACCAGAAGAGGAUAGCAGAGCUGAAUGCCACGAUACGGAAGCUGGAAGAUCGGAACACGUUGCUUGUUGACGAACGAAAUGAGCUGUUGAAGCGUGUCCGAGAAACUGAGAAACAAUGUAAACCUCUUCUGGAAAAGAACAAGUGCCUCACGAAGAGAAAUGAUGAACUUAUGCAGUCUUUGCAGCGCAUGGAAGAUAAACUCAAAGCAGUCACUAAAGAAAAUAUAGAAAUGAGAGAAAAAAUAACAUCACAUCCUCCUCUAAAGAAGUUAAGAUCUCUCAAUGACCUGGAUCAGGCUAAUGAGGAACAAGAAACUGAAUUUUUAAAGCUUCAGGUCAUAGAACAGCAGAACAUAAUUGAUGAGUUAACAAGGGACAGAGAGAAACUAAUUCGUCGGAGAAAGCAUAAAAGGAGCUCAAAACCAAUCAAGAGACAUGUGGUGGAUACAGUUUUUGGGUAUGAUGAUGAUUCCAUGGACUCUGAAACAUCCUCUGUGGCCUCAUAUAGAACAGACAGGACACCAGCAACCCCAGAUGAUGAUCUGGAUGAGGGUUUAGCAGCAGAAGAGUCAGAGCUGCGGUUUCGACAGUUGACAAAGGAGUACCAGGCCCUGCAGAGAGCAUAUGCACUGCUGCAGGAACAGACAGGAGGGGUCAUAGAUGCUGAAAGAGAAGCCAGGGCUCAGGAGCAACUUCAAGCUGAAGUCCAGAGGUAUAAAGCCAAAAUAGAAGAUCUGGAGAAAACUUUGGCUCAGAAAGGGCAGGACUCACACUGGGUGGAAGAUAAGCAGCUUUUCAUUAAGAGGAACCAAGAACUUUUAGACAAGAUAGAGAAAACGGAGGCCGAAAACAACCGUCUGCAACAGGAGCUGCAGGAUGCACGAGACCAGAACGAGCUGCUGGAGUUCCGCAACCUUGAGCUGGAGGAAAGAGAGAGGCGGUCCCCACCAUUUAAUCUCCAGAUUCACCCAUUCUCAGAUGGUGUGAGUGCUCUACAGAUCUACUGCAUGAAGGAAGGGGUUAAGGAUGUCAGCAUCCCAGACCUUAUAAAGCAGUUAGACAUCCUAGGUGAUAAUGGGAAUUUGAGGAAUGAAGAGCAGGUGGCCAUAAUUCAGGCUUCCACGGUAUUGUCCUUGGCAGAAAAGUGGAUCCAGCAGAUUGAGGGAGCUGAAGCUGCUCUGCAUCAGAAGAUGAUAGAACUGGAAAGUGAUAUGGAGCAAUUUUGCAAAAUAAAAGGUUAUUUGGAGGAAGAAUUAGACUACAGGAAGCAAGCUCUUGACCAAGCAUACAUGAGGAUCCAGGAGCUUGAAGCCACCUUGUACAAUGCUUUGCAGCAAGAAACAGUAAUAAAGUUUGGGGAACUACUCACUGAAAAACAGCAGGAAGAGCUGAGGACAGCAGUAGAAAAGCUAAGACGUCAGAUGCUGAGGAAAAGCAGAGAAUAUGAUUGCCAGAUUCUUCAGGAGAGGAUGGAGCUGCUCCAGCAGGCUCAUCAGAGGAUCCGAGAUUUAGAAGAUAAAACUGACAUCCAAAAGAGACAAAUUAAGGAUCUGGAGGAAAAGUUUCUAUUUCUAUUCUUGUUCUUCUCUCUUGCCUUUAUUCUUUGGCCUUGAUGUCAAUGUGCCUCUUGGAAAGAGGAUCUGCACUGCUGUGAACUCCCUUGAACUGUAAAGACAGCUGCAGCAGGCCCAGCAUCACAACACUCAUGAUACCUGUAGAGUGUUUUACCAAGGCCAGUCACUCCACAGGUGCAAAGCAUCAAGUCUUGUAGCAGUUCCUCAAAAACAAGGUAAUGGUAAGCGCCUCAUUCCUUGCCUUCACCCCUGAAUUUUCCUCUAUGGGAUCCUCUCCCAUCAAUACCUGAGGGGAAAUCUCCAGACACAAACAAUUUGGGAAUGGUGUUGGCAAGAUGGAGAGGGAUUUUGGCAAAGUCGUGUCUUCCGAGGCUGGAAUACAUGGAAUUGGAGAGAAUAACUAACACUGUUUUGUGUUGCAUUGUUUUUAAUGCAUUCACGUUAAAAAACACUUGCCUACCCAGGUGAUUUAAUUUAGCAAAGGUGAGCGUGGCAUGGGGGGUGUGCCGUCAGCAUUUCUUCCUACAACUAUUAAGCCAUAUAUAUUGUCAUAUAUACAAUAUACUAUAUAUAUUGCAGAAUUGCUUUACUUCCACUGGAUGCAAGUGAACUGUCUUAGCCUUAUCAUAAGGCACUUAAAACAGAUCCCUGACAAAACAAACAAAAAGCCCAGCUCAUCCGAGGGAGCCACUUGAUGCUGAAAAGACUUUGGUUUUGUUCAUGUCUUGGUGGAGUUUAUCCUUUACCAAUCUUCUAACCAGCAGAGAGAAAUCCACAGUGUGUUCACAGAUUAUACUUUCUGGUUUCCUUCUCACCCAGAGUGAACCCAGGACUCACUGCUGUACUGAAAUAACAAAGGACAAGAAUGUGCAAAUAAAGGAAACCAUGUGUAGCAGAUACAGUAUCCAGACCAAAAGCUAAUUCCUGUUUAUGUGGGGGUUUUCCUACCUGCAUUUUCUCUGUGCUUGUGAACAUAUGUAUUCACUUAUUUGUGAUCACAUAAGGAAGUGUGGUCUGUGUGGAUUUUGCAGCCAAUGAAUUUUACUAUGUAGGUUUGAAUGCUGAGAUAACAAAGAUAAAUAUGCCCUUUUUUUCCUGGUCUCAAACCUCAGAACCAAAGUUCUUUUCCAUAGGAUAGGCUUUCUCAGAACAGCAGCAGUUUCUGUUUGCCUCAAUGCUGCAUUAGCCAAAAUUCCAGGUUUGCUCUGACAACCUAAGGAUAUUGCCUGCUGCCAUCGCUCUUGUUAUGGGUGAAGUUUAGACAUCUUUGGUUCAAGAGUCAUUGAAACUAAUGCAUAGUAUUUAUGUGAAGAUGCCCAUCGGGACUUUCAUGCACCACAGGGUUGCACUUUGUGGGGUUUAAAUGGAGAAGCUUAGCAAAAUACACAGAAUUCUCACAAAUGCUUUUCAUACAGACAAAACCAGUUUCACACUGAUAGCUGUAAGAAACUGACCUUUUCAGCUUCCUGAUUGAUAGAUUGUAUCUUGGCAAAGCUGGGAUAGGUAGGUAGAGGAACUUAAAAACUUACAAUUUAUCUGAUACAUAUGUUUUUGUUUUUUUUUUUUUAAAACUUUUAGAGUGCCCGACCACACAGAUAAGUCCUUAUAAAGGCAAAUGCUUCCACCCCUCGAUGAAGAGAAUAUUGUUUACACCUAUUUUCAAAAGUAUAAAAAUGAACAACCUGUAGCCAAGACUGCAACCACCUUAUAUUUUAAAGCCAUCACUCAAAAUUUGUUACCUGACAGUUCCUGUCUAAAGCUAUGAUAUAUGCUGCAUCUAAUGGAAUCCUGUAUGUUGAAAUUACAAAAGGGGAAGAAAAAUAAACUGACAACCUACAUCACCUAGGAAGAACUUGAAGGGAAGGAACAACUUUCAGCUGAUCAAGUCAGUGUGUCUUGGGCAUGGAACCAAAGUUACAAUAGAAAAAUCUAUUCCUGCUGUGCAGGGCAAUCAUUGAAAUGUCACCCUGUCAUCUGACAAAUGGAUCAAAAAUGAACAGAUCAGAGUAGGAGAAACUCAAGAGAUGUUGACAACAAAGUGCUCGAUUUGAAGUGUGCGGCUUUCUCGCUGCAGGGACUCCUGCUCUCCCUCUUUGGUUUUAACCUCAGGAACCAAUGACAGCUGCAAUGUUGAAGGAAGAAAGGAAAAAAAAAAACAAUCUGGAUUCUUGCAGGAUGGGCAGGACAGGCCACCAUGUUUUGUGCUUGAGAUCGUAAGACAGUACUGCCUGCCUUGGCCAAGGAAUGGAAGUCUGGCAUAAGGAGGGUUUCCAGUGGAGUUGAAGCCUUAUCUCUCUUCACCAUCCCUCCAUGAAAAACAGCCUGUCUAUUAUCAGAUACUUUUCAUACUCUUUAAAGACUGCCAUUGAGAUAAUGACUGUACUUGGUUUCACUAUAGAAUAACCACUGAGGAGCACUGAAUCGGACUUACAAAGUAGCUUCUGAGAAAGAAAAUAAAUGUUGGAGGACAGGGCAGGGACGAAAACGAAUCCCCUUGUGCAUGUGACAUGAUUCAUAAAGCAUCAGCUUCCCACUGUUUUGUCCCAGCUUGGAAAAAAUGUUUUGGUUCAGCUCGUCAACUGACUUUUUUUUAGUUGGCUUCCUAAUCAAUGAUACAUAGACCAAAAAUGGGAGAGAAACUUUGUGAACACAACCUUAUUACAAAUAAUAAAUAUUGCUAGUCUGUUUAGAUUUUUCCAGUUAAGAGUAACUAAAAGUAGUUUCAAUUUCAAUGCAUUACUUACCUCUGUAAUAAUCACAAAGCCUGGAACCCAGCCAUGGUGCCUCCCUGAGGCCAUAGGUCCAUGCACCCAGUACUCUGUCAGAAAUGCCCCUGAGAAGCGUAAUGCCUGCAGCAAUCACUGAGGGUCCUGUGCCCAGGGAGGCAGUGCAGCCAGCUGCACCCACCCUCCCUUUCUCACUGAUGGGCUGACACUGCACUUCUUGGUGCCUCAGGUUUUAUUUCCUGGGGAAUGGAGUCCUGCCUGUUCAGAUUUUGGGUUCCUGUGGCAAGGCUCUGUCUUCUCCAAUGGAGCUUUAAUUUUAACUGGAAGAAAUGGGUUUCUGUACCACAAACUAGAAAAUUAAGGGCCAGAAUACAGCUUGUGCAUUACUUACACCUUCAAAGCAGGGAUCACAUGUACCAACAUCUUACGCACAUAAGAAGCUUUUAAAGUGUUUUCCAAAGAGCUUCUCAUUUGGUUGCCUGCUUACUUUUACAGAUGAAGCAGCAGAGGCACAAAGCAGUGAGGUCACUUGCCAGACCAACUCAGCACAUCAAAAACAGUUUCUCAGCCAUAGGAAGGAGGAAGUUCCUCUGGUAUCAAGGAUGCCUGCCCUCACAGACACCUUCUUUUUUUUUGCCAGAACAGCUUUUAAUCAGAAAUGUCCAUUUGUCCAACUGCAUUGCAAUUUGGGGCUCAGUUUCUCCACAAAGACUGCUAACGUCUUUAUUUUUUGAGUGCCAGGAGAUAGUGUUAAGCCUUCCACCGAAGAUUAGAAGUUAUUAGCAAGUGAUUUUUUUUUCCCUAUUCCUUAAAAUUAAUUUAAUUAUAGAAUGACCACAUCUUCCUGAAACACUCUGGUUUGGCCAAGGGGUUUACUGAGUUCUGGCACCAAGCUGUAUGUUUACUACUUCAUUUUUUUAAGAAAUAUGCUUGUAGGUAGAUACAUUACAGGACUGCAGGCACAUCACAUGCUUUUUGUUCAAAUUCCUUUUCCCUAGCAGAAGACUGUGGAAAAGGUUGACCCAAAUGUACAUGUGCUUUCCACGAGCUAGCAACUGAGUCCUGCAGCUCUGGAGUUGGGCCCUGGAAGAGUGGUCCCACUCCUGUGGCAGCUGGAGAUCACUGAGAAGAUUAACAACAGCUUGUUAGCUACAAAGAGGGGGCUUUCUCUCUGGUUAUUCCUUCUUCCCACCUCACUUUUCUCUUCUGUUGCAGCAUCAGAUAAUUUCACAUCUCCAGGCUGCUUUCCUCAGUGUUUGGGCUGGCAGUUAAAGCACUGAGUUCUUGCAGAAGAACGAGCAGCACGUGGUUUCAGUGAUGGUGCAAUAACUUCUAGCACUGGUUUGGUUUAAAAAAAUACAAUUGUCUGGAAAUAUUUAUUUCAGGCAAUUGUAGAGAAGGUUUAUGGCACAGAUAGAAAAACACACUUUCACAACAUACCUGACUGAUCUUGUGUCAGGCUUCAUCAUUUAGACUCCCUCACCCAUGUUACCUUAUUUAAUUUCUCUUUUUUGUCUAAUUUUCCCUCCCUUACUCCUAUGUGUAUAUAUAUGCAUGGAGGUAUUACAUUCCCAAGGGCUCAGGGUGGGAUGGAGGGUGGUAGUCUGACCAUAGCAGACCUGGGUAAUGCAAACUUUUCAAAGGUUUUUCUUCCCUCUAGGGAGCUGAACCACCACUGCUCUUCUCUCCUUGCAAACAUAACACAUGCCAUGCCUAAAACACACUUGCUGAUAUGAGUUAAUACAAACUUUCUGCUAUCAGCUAGAUCAAAAUGAGUUUGAUGUCUGUGUGUGUAUAUAUAUAUAUAUAUAUAUAUACACAUGUGUCUAUAUGUAUAUGUACAUAUAUAUACAUAUAUAUGCAUAUUACCUAUUCCCUAUUGUAUAUAGAAAUUUUUGCUAUAGCUUAUGAAAGUAUACUUCAGUCUAGGCAUGGGGAACUGAAUCAAGAUUGUUUAGCUGCCACAACUGGUACAUUCCUCCAGGUUUAAUUUCACAUCUCAUGGGCAACAAAUUUUUUGAUCCUUUUCUCUGGACCCUCCUCUGUUGUUUGGCUGCUAAUCCUGGGCUUUCUGCUGUUCCUGAUGUUCAUUUAAGCAAAGGAUUGAGAAUCCUCCCUCAGAUUAGCCACUGCAGCCAACCUUCCCCUCCCCAAAGCCAACAAGAAACAUAAGAAGCAAUUUACUCCAGCCUUAGAACAGCAAAUACAGCCCUGAAUCCCUCCCAUGCAUCGUUUCAAGGCUGUUCAGGAGUAGCAGCACUUCAGGUUAUCCAUCCUGCCAAAGCAGGAGGUGAGCCACAGAAGAUAGUACAAAUCAGCUUGACCACAAUUUGACUUGCUGCUUUUUUUUUCCAAUGACAAAGCUGGGAGAUUUUGAAGACUAUUUUUUAAAUCUAAGCACCUCAGAGGAGGGCCCAGUUAUGUGAAAUGAAUUUAGGCAAUUGGAGUUGCAGUAAGGAAAUGGCACUUCUUGCAGUGUUACCAGCCUGGCUUGUAGCUCCAUCAUCUUACUGAUGUGCAUGGAGGACAAUGGAGAAUUUUUUUUAGGUGUUCAUCUUCCAACCCCCUACCAUCAUCUCAAUGGGAAACAUCCUCUGAAGCCCAAAGCUUUCAGUUCUAUGGCAUCCCAUGAGGACUGCCCAGGCCAGGCUCUCCUGACAUGAGCAGGGCUCAGAGAACAAACACACAGCUGCUGGUGAUCCAAAGGGUUUUCUCUUCCCCUGCCCUCUCUCACAUCAGCACCUCUGUGGUUUUAUAUAUACUUUUUGUUCCAUAUUUUUUUGUGUCUAUUCCAGAACAAAACUGUAAAUGUCUUGGCAGAAUGACCCUUUGAUAAACACUGGACAUGUAUAUGUACUAUAUGUAUUAAUGUGUAGGAGAGAAUCCUUAUUGUAUGUAAAGUUUUAUUAAUGGUUAUUUUUUAAUUUAUGUAUUUAAUAUAGGAUUCAAUGACCUCUGGUGUUUUAGUUUGUAUAAAAAAUAAA